UUCAAAACACUAUCACAUAGUUUUAAUGAAUCUUAUAUAACAGAAUUCAGGAUGUAUGUUCUAUUAGGACAUGUUUCAUUGUGUAUUUCUUCUAUUUUUUAUAUUAUUUUUAUUUUAAAUACGUAUAAAAAGCAAUUAUUAAUCUGGUUAACAUUUUUAGAAAAUUUCAAAUAAUGGAAAAUCUUGAUAGUAAUAUCAGCGUUCAACAAGCUUUCGACAAUUUCUUUAAAACGAAAAGUAUCGAGGAACAAUGUACAGAAGAACUUUUAAUUCGUUUGCACGAAGCAUUUUUGAUUUCAGAGAACGAAGAGAUGAAUAGCACUCAAUUAUUUGGUGCCUUUGAAAAUGUAUUACAUAUCCGAAUGUCAAAAGAUGAAUUUGAAGUAUUAUUUAAAAAAAUGAACUUAAAAAGAGAUGGAAAUGUUUCAUGGAAUGAAUUUAUUUCUUAUCUACUAGUAGAAUUUCAAAAGAAAGAUAAUGCUUUGCAAUGGAAAAUAUUGAAACUUCCAAUAACAGGCAUUCCUCAACUUUUGAAGUCACGACAUCGUACACUCAUUCAUAAAAUUGUCUUUUGUCCUGAACUUUUAUCUAAUAGAACUGCUAGUUUUCACAGAGGAUCUUACUUAACAAUUACUAGAGAAGGAAUCAUAAAUUACUGGUCGUUGGAUUUAGAAUAUGAACGUACUGUGCAAUCUGUAAAUCCAUAUUUAAAAGUACAGUCAACUUUAAUAACUGAUAUGAUAGUAAUGCCUGAUGUGCAAGUAGUAUGUACAAGCUCUACUGAAUAUGAUUUAAGAUUCUAUGAUACUGCAGCUAAAAAAUUUGAUCUUAGAAUCUCGAUAUCAGGCUUAGAUUAUGCAAUCACAUGCAUGGAUUACUAUUUUAGCAAAAAUGUUAAAGAAGAUUCUCAUAUUGUAUGCGGAGACAUGAGUGGAUCUAUUAAAAUUAUCUCUUUUAAUCCUACAGAGAGAGGUCCAUUCAAACAAGAGCCUCAAUGUCAUACAUUAUUUAUUCGUUAUGAAUCUAUUCUAAAGGAUGAAGUAAAAGGAAUGAAGAUUAUAGAAUUUAAGAAUAUGCAUACAGAUUGGGUAAAACAAGUAGCUUAUUAUGAGAGUCUAAGAUCAUUUAUGUCCAGCAGUAGAUGUUGUAGUUGUUCUCUUUUAGUCAGUGAUCUUACAGGAUCAAGAAUUCAAUAUAAAUUUAAAGUUAACAUGGGCAUAUCUUGUUUUACUUUUUGUGAAGAAAGUCAGUCAUUAGUAACUGGUGGACCAGAUUGUAUAGUUAGAAUUUGGAAUCCUUUUGUAACAAAGAGACCAAAUUGCAAAUUUCAAGGACAUCAUACAGCUAUUUGUGCUUUAGUAGUUCAGAAUUCUGGUAAACGUAUAUAUUCUCUUUCAAAAGAUAAAUGCAUCAAAGUGUGGGAUGUGCUAGCUCAAUCUUGUAUUCAGACGUAUAAUGGUCUUCCCAGUGAAUUAGGUGGACAUACUCUGAUGUCUGUAGUUUAUAAUACAUUAAAUCAUAAAAUGAUUGUUGCUAGCACAAUGAUCGCAAUCAUCAUUUGUGACCCUGUAAUAAAUGAAGAAACAUCUGAUGGUUUUACACACACAAAACCUGUUAGCUGUGUUUUGUACAAUCAUCUGUAUAAAGUGGUAGUUACUACUGGAUUAGAUUCUUGUAUAAUAGUUUGGGAUCCAUGGCUUGGAAAUCGCUUAUAUUUAGUAACACAUGCCCAUAGUAGAUUCUUGUAUGGUCAGCACCAUGAUAUUGAAAUUACUGCUGCUUGCUUUGACGAGUCAGAACAAUUAUUAGUAACAGGUACACGUGAUGGAACACUGAAGAUAUGGAAUUUUAAUACUGGUACUUGUUUACGAAAUAUGACAGUCGAAAAUCAAUGUGAAAUAACAAGUUUAGCUUGGGUGGAAAAUCGAAUUUUAUGUAGCGGAUGGAACCGUCAAGUUGUAGAAUUUGCAACUUCUGAUACAGAUAUAUAUAAAAAAAGUUGGGGGCUAAAGCAUACCGAUGACAUUCUUUGUUCAGCUGUUUGGUAUCCUCAAGUGUUAGCUACAGCUACUUAUAACGGAGAAAUAAUUCUUUGGAGACUAGAAACAGGUCAACCGUAUAGAAAAUACAAAGUAGAUGAUCCAAUGUCAAGAUUUAGUAUAAGAUAUGAAAUGACUGAAAACAAACUACAAGUUAGAACAGAAAAAUUUGCUCAUAAAAAAAGUAAAUCUCAUGCGGCUUCGAAACAUCAAGAAUCAGCAUUAAGCAUUAUAGGAACUGUUGCGGUUAGAGCUAUGAUAUUCUUGUGUGCACGAUCAGUUGAACAUAAUAUUGGAACACUAUUAGUUUCUCUUGAUUCUGGUUUGAUACAGGCGUGGACUCACCACCCUGCUGGUGGAUUUUUACAAGCAUUUUCAGUUAUUCAUACCUUAGGUGAUUGUGCGCUAUCAUUAGCAACUGAUCCUAAAAAUCAUUUUCUUGUAACAGGGCACAGUGCUGGAUAUAUUAAAGUUUGGUAUCUUGAAAAUUAUUUGGUGCCAAAUCCUCCCAAAAUAUGUAUGCCUCUUUUACGAUUAGAAUUUCCGUUUUUAUGGAAAAGUAAAAUUAAUGGAAGGGCAAAAAGGGCAGUACGAAAUCAGCCUCUACCACUUUUACUUUCUUCUGUACAUGGUCACUUAAAAGCUAUUACAUCUAUUCAAAUAAUCCCAGAUGCACGUAUUAUUAUUAGUGGAAGUACAGACCAUACAGUACGUUUAUGGACACUAGGUGGACGUUAUAUUUCAACCUUUGGAACUUUUAGACCAUGGUCACCUAUUUUGCCCACAAUACCGGUAUAUCAGUAUUUCGAAUAUUACAGACUUCCACCAGAUGUUAAAAGAUUCGGCAGUUCUACUACUAUGAAAGUUCUCGGUGGAGAUGCCGAAAAAAUAAUAUCCGAAUAUAAAGAUGAUACAAUGCACAUUUUGAAACAUAUUCCUGAACGAAAGCAAACUACAAUAGAUGGAAGAAAACUUACAAUUUCUGCUAUUGAUAGAUCACUAUUAAUGAUCUUCGAGGAUUAUCCAGUUUUGGAUACUUCUUUGCCAUAUAUACCUAUAUACACGCAUUUAAAACUAAGACCUCUGGAAAUUAUUCAAAUGCCAAAAUUAUAGUUAUAUAUAAACGAAAA